AGUAAAAUUGAUAUAUUCCAAAGAUUAUCCGAACCCACAAUAUGCUCAACAGCUAUUGAUUGACCAUCAAACCUUGAAGCAAAGCCAUCUUCAACAACAUAGCCAAUAUUCAUUACCUGUUGUUACUAUUAACUCUACUCUAUAUGCAUUGACACUGAUACAUUCAUUCUCGUGAUAAAGCUGCACUUCUUAUUUUUAUAAUCGUUUCUUUUCGAUUCUGCCACUUUCUUUCCAACCAUGCCGGUGCUAGAAACUCUUGGUGGUGCUCUUUUUGGAGCAGCCCUUCAGGUGCUAUUUGACAAGCUGGAUUCUCAUCAAGUUUUGGACUACUUUCGUGGAAGAAAGCUCGAUGAGAAGCUGCUGAAGAAGUUGAAGGUGAAGUUGUUGUCAAUCAAUGCUGUGAUUGAUGAUGCAGAACAAAAGCAGUUCAGCAACUCAUAUGUCAAAGCAUGGCUUGAUGAGCUUAGAGAUGCUGUGUAUGAUGCGGAGGAUCUGUUGGAUGAAAUAAACUUUGAAUUCUGUAAAUGGGAGUUGGAAGCUGAAUCUCAGACCAAUGCUAGUAAGGUAUGUAAUUUUGACAUUGAAAUUGAGUUAAGGAUGGAACAAAUCCUUGAGGAACUAGAAUUUCUUUCAAGCCAAAAGGGUGAUCUAGGUUUAAAAAAUGCUAGUGGUGUUGGUAUUGGUGCUGGAUCAGGAUCUAGUAGUAAUGUGACACAGAAGCUGCCAUCAACAUCUUUGGUGGUUGAAAGUGUUAUUUAUGGUAGAGAUGAUGACAAGGAAAUGAUCCUUAAUUGGUUGACUUCUGACACUAUCAAUCAUAGUCAGUUAUCAAUACUUUCUAUUGUGGGUAUGGGCGGGAUGGGUAAGACUACUCUUGCCCAACAUGUAUACAAUGACCCAAUGAUGGAGCAAGCUAAAUUUGACAUCAAAGCAUGGGUUUGUGUUUCAGAUGAAUUUGAUGUUUUCAAGGUAACAAAAACAAUUCUAGAGGCAAUCAUUGGAUCAACUGAUGACAGUAGUAACCUAGAAAUGGUUCAAGGUAGAUUGAAAGAAAAAUUGACUAGAAUGAGGUUUCUUCUAGUUUUAGAUGAUGUUUGGAAUGAAAAUCGAGACCAAUGGAAAGCUUUGCGGACUCCUCUUAAUUGUGGGGCUCAAGGAAGUAGAGUUCUUAUCACCACACGCCAUAACAAAGUUGCUUCUAUCGUGCAGUCACAUAAAGUACAUCACCUGAAGCAAUUACAAGAAGAUCACAGUUGGCAAGUCUUUGCUAGACAUGCAUUCCAAGAUUAUGAUUCUCAGUUGAACGAUGAGUUGAAGGAGAUUGGUAUAAAAAUAGUUCAAAAGUGCAAAGGAUUGCCUCUUGCGUUGGAAACAGUUGGAUGUCUUUUACAUACAAAGUCAUCUAUUUCAGAAUGGCAUAGUAUACUCAUAAGCAAGAUAUGGGACUUUUCAGAAGAAGAUAGUAAAAUCAUCCCUGCUUUGUUGUUGAGCUAUUACCAUCUUCCUUCUCAUCUCAAGAGAUGUUUCUCUUAUUGUGCCUUAUUCCCCAAAGAUUAUGAGUUUGACAAGAAAAGUUUAAUUUUGUUAUGGAUGGCUGAAAAUUUUAUACAAAGCUCUCAACAGAGUAAGGGCCCGGAAGAAAUUGGUGAACAAUACUUUGAUGAUUUAUUAUCAAGGUCCUUCUUUCAACAAUCAAGCAACAAAAUGUGUUUUCUCAUGCAUGACCUACUCAAUGAUUUGGCAAAAUAUGUUUGUGGAAACAUCUGUUUCAGAUUGGGAGUUGAUAAGCCAAAAAGUAUGUCAAAAUCCCGACAUUUUUCAUUUGUAUCCAAAUACAAUAAUCAAUAUUGUGAUGAGUUUGGGGAUUUUUGUUAUGCUAAAAGGCUACGUACAUUUAUACACACAUGUUUUUACCCUUGGCGUUGCAAUAUGUUGAUACAUGAGUUGUUUUCCAAGUUCAUUUUCAUACGUGUCAUAUCUUUAUUUCGUUGUCAAGACCUUAGAGAGGUUCCUGAGUCUAUAGGAAAUCUCAAACAUCUCUGUUCAUUAGAUCUUUCAGAAACUAAAAUAAGAAAGCUACCUGAUUCAACAUGUUCUCUCUAUAACUUGCAAAUAUUGAAGUUGAAUUAUUGUUUCUAUUUGGAGGAGUUGCCCUCGACUUUGCAUAAACUCACAAAUUUGCGUCACCUUGAAUUUAUACAUACUAAAGUGACAAAGAUGCCAAUGCAUUUGGGAAAACUAAAGAAUCUUCAAGUAUUAAGUUCUUUUUUUGUUGGCAAGAGUAGUGAUGAGUCCAAUAUUCAGCAGCUAAGAGAACUCAAUCUUCAUGAAAAGCUAUUAAUAGGGAACCUACAAAAUAUUGUGAAUCCCUUAGAUGCAUUGGCUGCAGAUUUGAAAAAUAAAACACAUCUUGUGGAGCUACAGUUAUCAUGGGAAUGGGACCAAAACAUUGAAGAUUCAAUGAAAGAAAGGAAAGUACUAGAGAAUCUACAACCUCCCAAAUAUUUGGAGAAGUUGUCAAUUUGGAGAUAUGGUGGUACACAAUUCCCAAGCUGGUUAUGUGAUAAUUCAUUAUCGAACAUUGUGUCCCUCGAUUUGAGGUACUGUAAAUAUUUCGUAUGUUUGCCUCCCUUGGGGCUCUUGCCAUUUCUCAAGAACUUGAUGCUUAUAGGGCUUAAUGGGGUAGUGGUUAUUGAUGCUGAUUUUUAUGGAAGUAGCACUUGUUCAUUUCCAUCCUUGGAAACUUUGUACUUAUCUUCAAUGGAUGAAUGGGAAGCAUGGGAAUGCAAAGGUUUGACAGGUUCUUUUCCACGUCUUCAACAUUUUUCUUUAACGGACUGUCCAAAGCUGAAAGGGAAUUUGCCAGAGCAACUUUGUCAUUUAAAAUAUCUAUACAUUAGUGAAUGUGAACAACUUGUGACUUUUGCUCCAAUGGCUCCAGAAAUUCAUCAUUUGAAUCUAACAAAUAGUGGAAAUAUGCAUUUCGAUUAUCAUCCAACUACUUUGAAAGAACUCUCCAUUACGGGACACAACAUGCUAGCAUUGUCUCUCUUUGAUACUUCUCUUGAAAAAUUGUGCAUUCAUUCUUCCCCAAAUAUGAGUAUUCCCAUGAAUAGUUGUUUCAAUUUCCUCAUAACAUUGGAGAUCAAUGAUGGUUGUGAUUCUCUAACAACCAUUCAUCUAGAUUUCUUCCCAAAACUCUGUCAACUUGAAUUGACCAAGUGUCCUAAUCUGCUAAUGAUUUCCCAGAAGAACACUCAUAAUCAUCUCAAGGAGCUGAGAAUUAGUGAGUGCCCCCAAUUUGAAUCAUUUCCCAACGAAGGAUUAUCUGCACCUAAGUUAGAGAGUUUUAGAGUUUCAAUAGAGCAUUUGAAAUCAUUGCCUACACGCAUGGACAUCCUACUUCCAUCUCUUACUAGUCUCUGGAUAUAUAAUUGCCCACAAGUGGAAUCACUCUCAAAUGGAGGAUUGCCAACAAAUUUAAAAGAAUUGCAUCUCACAAAUUGCUCCAAACUUGUUGCCUCAAUGAAAGGAGCUUUAGGAGUAAACCCCUCUCUAGAUAUGUUGUGCAUUGAAAAAAUGGAUAUGGAGUCUUUUCCAAAAGAAGGUUUCUUGCCACUCUCUCUUACUUACCUAGAAAUCAACCAUUGUCGAAAUCUUAAGAAACUAGACUACAAGGGUCUUUGCCACCUCUCCUCUCUUAUGGAAUUGAAUAUUGGUGACUGCCCUAGCCUCCAAUGCUUACCAAAGGAGGGUUUGCCUAAAUCCAUUUCAUGUUUUUCUAUUUGGGGUUGUCCUUUGCUCACAAAGCGUUGCCAAAAACCAGAAGGCGAAGAUUGGGAGAAGAUUGCUCACAUUGAAGAUGUGUGCAUUACCUAAUAAGAUGAACAAGUUUCAAAUUACACAUGCAUCAAUUCUUACAUGUGUGUCUACCUUUUCAUCAGGACACAAAAUGAUGAAUGUUAUGAAACUCAAAUGUUCUGUCCAAGAAAAUACAAAGGCCUAAAUUUGGUUGAGGGAUGUUCGAUGUCCUACCAAAGCCUUUGGAAGUCCUUGAAUCGAGGUGGUUAAUAAGUUGCAGAUUUACUACUCACUAGCCUUGGAAAUGGUUAGUUUAUUAAAUUGUUUUAAACAUUAGUUUAUGUGUGCAAAACAUAUGAACGGAUAUCUCUCAUUUUCUGUAUUAUAAAGAAUGUAGGUUUAAAGUUCUAACAAGAUUAUGAACAUU